AUGCCGGAUCUGCCGCAGACGCCUGAAACGCAGCGGGCACUGGUGGCGACGCCCUCGCAGCCCAGCUGUGAUGAGGAGGAAGCAGAUGUCGUGAUGUUGCCAUCCCAGCGCCGAGGUACAUGCACGUUGCUGCGCCAGAUGCCAUUGCCGUUAAGUGUGAAGCUGGUGGCGACCUUCGCCACGGUCCUUGUGGGCGCCGGCCUCAUCGACUAUCGGCUUGGCUGGACGCGAGCCCGGUCAUCUGCCUCGAUGGCGAAUGGCAUGGACAUGGCGGAGGCGGAAAAGACCGAGGUCCGAUCAGUUCUCGAGACAGGCGUGAAGAGCGCUCCCAGCAUUCCAGGGUACACGGCGUUCGGCCAUGUGAACUGUUUUGAUCACCGAGGGGCGAUAUCGGAAGGGCUCCCGGUGGUCCGUAUGGCGGUGAAGACCAUGAGCCAGUGUGCAGUGCGCUGCAACAUGUAUCCACAGUGCAGUGGCUUCGUCAUCUUCCACCGCUACGCCCCAUACCAGUGCUGGCUCCGGUCGUCCAUUGCAAAGGACAAGGGCUUCUGCCAGCACGAGCCGUAUGAUGACAGUCAGGAUGGCUACUACUUCGCGACCUAUGAGAAGCUGCAUGGAGUGGAGACGCCGGCCUUUGAGGGCGCACUGUCCUUCCAGGGCAAGUGCCUGGGAGUGACGGAGCCGAAGGACGGCAGCGUCGUCAAGCUGAAGGAGUGCGGCUGUAGCGCGUGCUGGACGAAGUGGGAGGCAGCCCUCCCUCUGGACCCGUGGCCUUACUGGCAGACCUUUCGCCUCAGCGACUUUCCCUCAGCUUCCGUGACGUCGUUCCGCCUGAAGGGCACGGACAAGUGCUUGGACGUUCACGACCACGCAGAUUGGCGCAAGGACGCCGGCCUGGACACGCCGAUGAACUACUUGCAGCUGUGGACCUGCGCUGCGGAUGAUCGGUCGCGGGAAGACCAGAAAUGGAUCGUGGUGCAAAGCACAGACCGGGUCAGCUUCCAGCUGCAGUGGCUGACGGACCCGGGCCUCGCAGUGGAUGUGCCCGCAGGCAAGAACACCGUUGGCAACCACGUUCAGAUCUACAAGUUUGUCACGGGCUGGCCAAAUCAGGUCUUGCAAACCAUGUGA